AUGGACUACUCGCUACAGAACCACGACUCCUACAUUGGGCAGUCUGUCACCGACCUGCCUACACCCGCAUUGGUCAUCAGCAAGCGCAUCGUGGAGCGGAAUAUCGCGCAGCUCAACCGCGAUGUAGAUGCUGUAGGGGUAGCCUUCAGGCCUCAUGUCAAGACUCUCAAGUGUCUCGAAAUCACUCGUAUGAUGUUGCGUCAUGGCAAGAAUCGCAAAAUCAUCGCUUCGACCAUCCCUGAAAUUGAAGGCGCAUUGCCACUCGUGAAGGAAGGCCUUCUUGACGAAGCCAUCUACGGUCUCCCCAUCGCCCCCUCAAAGCUUCCCCGCCUUGCCGCCCUUCGCGACCAGAUCCGUAUCGUCCUACUUCUCGACCAUGACGAUCAGGUCACCCAUCUCGAGUCCUUCGCGGCCUCGUCUCCCUGGGAUGUUCUCAUCAAGAUUGACGUCGGUACCCGCCGCGCCGGCAUCCCCGCCUCGUCCCCUCGCCUCGCCGCCCUCGUAGCCCGCGUCGAGUCAUCCUCCGCCGCGAACCUGCUUGGCUUCUACGCGCACGCCACCCACUCCUACGCCGGCCGCACGCAGGAAGCCGCCGAGAGCUACCUCAGCGCCGAGGUCGAGGGUGUGCUCGCCGGCGCCCGCCUGCUCCCCGCCGACCGGCCCCUUCUCCUCUCCGUCGGCAGCACCCCGACAGCCCACGUCGUGCGCAGCCUCCGCGCCGCUGCCCCCGCCAACGUCACCAUCGAGCUGCACGCCGGCAACUUCCCCUGCAACGACCUGCAGCAGGUCGCCACAGGUCUCGUGGCGCCCGACCGUCAGGCCCUGCGGCUCAUGGCCGAGGUGUGCAGCGUGUAUCCCGAGCGCAACGAGGUCCUCGUCAACGCGGGCACUGUGGCCGUCUCCAAAGAGACGCACGCGCAGCCCGGCUUCGGCGACGUCGUGGGCAAGCCCGGCUGGUUCGUCAAGUGGAUGUCGCAGGAGCACGGCAUCGUCGGCGUUGCCGACGGCGUAGAGGCUGCGGCGACGGUGGCGGUGGCGGAGGAGGAGUUCAAGGUCGGCGACAAGGUGAUGCUGCAUGUUGCGCACGCAUGCAUCACGGCGGCAAACCACCAUGCGUUCUACGUAGUAGACGAGCAGGAUGUUGUGAGGGAGACGUGGGUUCCUUGGAAGGGCUGGUAA